CUCCAGCCGAACUCAGCCGACACUUGACAGAACCUGUUCAUUCAAUUUCACGCUCGCAUAAAACAAAAUAGUCAAUAGUCGGAGUCGGUGUCAUGUUCCAGUGUUCCAAACUCCACUAAAAUGCGCUUUUCCGGCCAUUCCUUCGUUCCGCCUCUGGAAGCGUGAACCCAGAAUCGAUUUUUGUGUGAGCUAUGUGAAGAGCCAUGGACUCGGGUCUGGGAAGCGACGAAGACCGCCGAGGUCGCACCAAGGAGCAGAAGCAGCUCCGCAACCAGCAGCUCCUCAGCGGGUGCUUCAUCGACGCCGCGAGCCUCUCCGACGAUGCCGAGGUCGACCAGCGGCGCACCGACGAGCGAAGACAGGGGGCCCUCAUUUUCCAGUCGUCCAUUCCGCAGUUUUCCAUGCUUCAGAUGGCCGGAAACGAGGCCGCGCCGACGUACCCCGAAACCAGCACGCCCUACAACUCCAUCGUCCACCUGGAGGAGGACGCCUCCAGGAAGUCGCCGCUGGGGUUCUACGUGGACUUGAACGAGGUGCCCGACCCGCCGAAGACGCCGCCGCCGGCGACAGCCGCCAAGAAGAACAUCUUCUCCAUGGUCAUCGACUUCGAAGGCCCCAAGAAGGACAAGCCCACCAAGCUGAGCUCCUCUCUGGUCUCCUACAAGAAGAACAGGCAGUCCAAGCAACUGACUCUCACCACGAGGUACAACGGGAACAGCAGCCUCUCCUCGAGUGUGAGCUCCAUAAGUUCAGUGGCUGGGCCCAGCAGACAGGUGGAGGAUGAGAAGGAGGAAGUGGAGGGUCAGAACCAAAUGUCGGCUUCGUCGAAGUCGUCCAGCUCGAGUGAGAAUUUCCCGAUGCACAAGAGCGAGGACGAGGGACACGUGGAGGAGCAUAAACCCGCCGAAGACGACGUCGUGGAAAAAAAAUGCGAAGAGACUAACGCUAAAAACGAAGAAAUUAAAGAAGUUGAGACUCAGGAACGGCCCCAGUUCGUCAAACUCUCCGACUUAGAAUGUCAAAAACCAAGACUGGAUCUGAACUUCACUCCCCGGAUGAGCAAAUCCAUCCCUGAGAGUUCAUGGGUGGAAAGUCCACUUUUGAUGUCUAGGUCUGCCGGUUAUCGCAGCGCACCACAUCCUCUUGAACCCGAAUCUGGAGAGUUUUCUGAUUCGGGUAGUGCUACUGAUACCAGCGUAUCACAACCUAGGCGUUCGGUGCGGCGUUUAGGAACAGAUCUGCUCCGAAUGUUUUUGGAGGAAAUUGGACCAGAUGUUACCGUCGAAGUAGACGGGCAUAAACUGAAAGCACACAAAUGCAUUCUGGCGUCUAGGUGCCAGUAUUUCGCCGCUUUAUUGAGCGGGAAUUGGUUGGAAGCAUCCGGAAAUAUUAUCUCACUGCAAGGCUUCUCGUAUGAAUCAGUUUACUUCGCUCUCUGUCACAUCUACAGUGGGGCCGCACACGUGCCCGACUCAAUCAGCCUCGUAGAACUCGCCUCACUGGCCGACAUGUUAGGCUUAGAAGGCCUCAAAGAAGUAGUCGAGCACGCUUUAAAACAGCGUCACUGUCACAACUUUCACAAACCAUGUGCCGGCUGCUGUACCGGAGUCCUGGAAGUCCUUCCGUUAUCAGCCGCCUACGGCCUGGACGACCUCUACCAGAAAUGCCUCCAAUGGAUCACCCAGCACUUCGUCCGAGUGUGGCCAAGUCGUGCUUUUGCCAGUUUGCCGCGCGAGUUGCGCGAAAAGUGCUACCAGCAACACGUCGUUCAUAUGACGGCCGACAAGGUGCUAGAAACUAUAGUGAGUUGUGAUAAGGUCCUGGCCACUUUACCUGCCCUGAGAUGGGCUGAGCCCGUCACUCAGUUGGUCUUGCAACUGUCGGAUGCUUGUCAUCUGUACCAUAGGCAGCAUUUCGCGGCGGUUUUAGCGUCGCCGUCGUUUCUGGCUUUGGAUGCUGGAUUGGGAUGGAGUGUGGGACAGGUCGAGGACCAGAUGGUGUCUGCUGCAGGGAAUUUGAGUGUGGAACAGGCGUGCAGGAGUUACGCGAGGUGUUGCAAGAUGGUUGAUCAGAGCUGGAGCAGGCCGUUUAAUGAUCUGUUGUUUAAAAUUAAAGUGCAAUUAGAACAGUGUUUAGUAGCGCAGUCUGAUAGGCUGAUUCGAAGUAAUGCAUGGUUGAGGCUGGAUUCGGCAUUGAGGUGCCGCAUAAAGGACUUAACCCCCGUGGCGGAGCCCGUGAGUCGCUUGCCCCGGGCGACCCCAAAACGAACGAAAAAAUCGCCUCUUCAAUCAGCUACGAAACCGCACAGCCAGAGCCCGACAAUAAGCUCGUCCGACUCCUCCCGUAACUCAAGCCCUGGAAUGAACCAAGCCCAGUCUCGUCUACACAAUUCCGGCGGCAGUCCCUCCCUCCGCAGGAGUCUCCUUCUCGCUGCAAGGGCGCCCCAGGUGCCCCCCAGCCCGUCCACCCACCGGCGCAGCACUCUGACCCAGCCCACGCAAGCCAGCGCCGCCAAAUCGGCUCCCUCCAAGAACAUCAGGAACCCUCCGCCCAAAGCUGCGACACCUACCACCACCGUCAAACCGGCGCAGAAAAAAGCCCCAGCGCGAAACGCCGUCUCUAACCCUAAUCUGCGGAAACCGAAUCCGACGCUUUCUAGCAAAAAACCCAUCAGUAGGUCGAGUUCGCCCUUGAAGGUUGAGAGCAGGGCGAGUUCGAGGGUCACUUCGCCCAUAAAAGCCGACGUUCGGACGCCUUCCCCUAAGAAAAUGCAUAACGGGAAAGUGGGGUCACCUAGGAAGGAAGUGAAGGAGAGUAAGGAGAGCAAACCGGUGGUACCUACGAUGCAAAGGUCGAGCACUUUCCUGAAGGAUGAACCUACUGUUUUGGGGAAGGUUAAGUAAAGGGAUGUUUCCAGCUAGUCCAUUCCUAGUCAGGCAUAUUUUUGUUUCGUUUUUGAUCUCGUUAUUGUAUUAUUUUUGUAUGUUUGUAAGACAUUGUGAUAUAUAUUACUAUGCUUCACAUGAAUCAAAUUUUAGUCGUUUUAAAUUAUUGUAGCUAAAAGUACUAAUUUUUCUCACAGUUGUUUCGUUGAUACAUUCCAUAAAUGUGAUAAUUUAACUGAUGCUAAGCACGGGGGCACUUUAUUUCUAACGGAAUAUUCUGUAAAAAGUUUGGAAGUGCCAGUUGUUUAUGCUACCCACAUUUUAUUGAUUUUUGUACUUUUGUACGAAAAAUAGUCACUCUGCUGUCUUAUUCUCUAAAUUAAAUUCAAGACUGAAUUUAUUGAACAUAACAACUUAUGGUUGUUUUGAAGUACAAAUUUUGGGUAAUCAAAUUAAUCGACGUGGGUAGUAUUCUGUGAUUUUUCGAUAUUUUAACGCUUUUUAAAUUAAUUUUAAUCAUGUUCAUGUGAAGUUCCUGAUAUUUGAUUAUGGAGGAAUAAAUAUUAGGAGGUGACACGUCCUGAUGGUCUAAAUUAGAUUAAUUUAAACCAGAGUUCUUUAUUAGGUAUUGCCUGCGGGUUCCUAAAUACUAGGAUGCGACACAUUAACCUUAAAUAACGAUGUGAGCAAUAGUAAAAAAGAGUGAGAUAGUUUUCAAUAAGAUAACAACAUAACAAGAAAAAGUGUAAAGGACAAAGUUGUACAAAAUUAAAUUUUCUUGAAAAAAGUCUGCGGGAACAUUUUGCCUUUUAAACUUACGUUUUUUCUAUAGCAAACGUUGAACUAUUUCUUUAUCAACUCUUUUGAGUAGAUAAAAUAGCACUUUAUCCAAUUAAAUUUACAAAUUCAAACUAUUAAUUUGAAGGAUUAAACUUGGAGGUCUGCUAUAGAAAAAAUAUAUUAUACAAGACAAUAAAGACCGUUUAUCUGCUUGUGAAAUAAGUCGACUCGUAACUUCGUCACUGUUGAACUUAAUCUUUUCACUCAUAAAUAAAAAAUCGGUGGUGGUAAUAGACCAAAAAAUCUCUUUAUCGUCUUGUAGAAUUAAUAACUAAUCGCUUUUACUGUCCGAAAACGAUGAGUUAAGCACCAGUUUUGUUAAAAUCAGUUGUUUUCGGACGAAUCCUUGUUCAGAAAUGACAAAACACGAUGUAGAAAACCUGAAAUAGUUUUAAUCUGAAGCUGAAAACGACGCGAGUUAAGCACCAAUUUUGCUGAAACCAGUUAAAUGAUAUAAUAAUAGUUGAAAACAAAAAUAUUUGUUGCCAUAAAAAACUUAAAAAUGUGGUAAUAAAAAUAUUGAGAUUUAUAAGAAUUUCUAAAAAUAACGUGUUCAAGUUUUUUUUUUAAUGACAAGAUGUGAAUUUUAUCCGUUAUUUUAAAUUCGCCAUUAAUUAUUUCACUUCCCUCAUCAGAGCUAACGAUGGAGAGGGAAAGGGAGUGGAGUAGUUUAUAAGUUUAUUCGUUCAUGUUAAAUCUUGCCCUAAUUGAUUGACUUUUACCAAUUUUGUCUCUUUCUUUGCUUCAGCAAUUUCUCAAAAAAUAUAUUUAAGUUAUCAGCUUUUGAUAUUUUGCACCACGAUCUGCACUAGUUAAAUUAAUAAUUCGCUACAACUUUUUUUCAUGCUGUCUUGUAUCUUUGACCGUAUUCGCAACGUUUUUAAAAAUAUAGGACAAAUCGAAAACGUAAUAGUUUUUCGGACGUUUGUCGUGUUAAUUUUAGUUAGCAUUUCUCAUAUUAAUAAGAGUUUAACGCUCAUUAACGUUUUUUUAAGUGAUUGCACUGAAUUAAUUUAAUUAAUCUAGAACCGAAAGUCUAACGCUCAAAGCGCCCUCAUUUUUGGAUCUAGUUUCGCCUCCUAGUUUUUAGUUCUCCGCAAGUAAGCGCUAUAUUUUUUAGGUUGAAAAAACAGUGAUUUGCCUCCUAGUGUUAGUCCUCCGUACAUUUGUUAAAGAGAGUGAACAAAAUGCUAUUGUGCGUGGAAUAUUGAAGAUAGAUAUCUAAAGGCAAAUGACAGAUUCGUAUAUAUUACUUUACUAUUGUAAUAAUUGUUCAUAACAAAUGUUUAUAAUUUCAUGUAAAUUAAAAUAAAGUAGAUAUUUUUA